AUGGGCACUGCAACCUUCACCGUGGGACAGUCUCCAAACAUCACCGUACAAAAUGCCUUUACGCAAGGAUCUAAGCAGCAUGCCGCUCAAAAUCAGAUGAAAAUGAAAAUGGUUCCCGGAAUGGCUCCGAUGUGCACGCCGCUACUGAUGACGCACGUGAAUUCAUCGCCCAGUGUUGGCGAACCACCACGAAGGCAGGAGCAAACGAUUGCACAUCCAAAUAUGCUCGGAUCUCCAUUGCUACAGGAUACGCAGAGAGCGGAGAGCUCGACCAGCUUGGACGCUUCUUUAUGCCAUCUGCAGCCUCCCUUAGAGCUUGCGCCUUACCGCAAUAAUGAAGGUUUCGACUUCAAGUCUCCCACCGACAGACAAGAUUUCCACGACAACGUCGAUUUAGAUGGCUAUCUGGAUAAUUCGGACGAUAUAAAUCCUCUAGGACAAUCUGACUCAAUAAAUGUUGACAGUGAAACAGAUGCUGCAAAUAAGAAACUUAAUGAGCCAAAGGGACCAGUCAAUGACGCCGAGAUCUCAUAG